GGAAGAGGAGUAUUUGAAGAAGGUACAGUAAUAGAUAGAUGGAAAUGUGGACGUAGAUAUGGAGCUGACAUAACGAAUUUCACUCUAAUCAUUUCUUCAGCUCUCCGGAGAACCUCCUACAGUUGCGACGUCCCAGUGGGGUGCGAAGGGCGCCAGCUAUCCCAGGUGAUCCGAGGCGUCGAGCAAUUAACCGGGAGCACGCCGCCUUGCCCCUAGCAGCCGGGUGCUGACGUGCUGAGGAGGGGCCGAUCAGUCAGAUCUACAGUGGCUGUUGUGUGACCUCCCUCCUCCCCUCAGCCGCUCUUGCACACACCGACAUGCCGCCGACUCUCAUCAUGUUGCUACUGCAUUCCGCCAGCAAACCGGCAGGCAGAAGCUUCUGUGCGUGAAUUUACAAUUGUUGCUGCCCCUCGCUUGUUUUCGCCCUCUCCUUGUUUACUGCGCUGCAUAAUGGCAGAAACUUCUAGUCGGUCCCCUUUUUCAAUUUCGUGCGGAGGGAAAGGGGACCGUCAGCUCUUCUGAUCGGGUUUGUGGGUGGUUGUGUUUUUUUUUUGUUUUUGUUGUUUUAAUUACGCGGAGCUGCCCGUCCUCCUCCACUGCCCUGCUCCACCCCCAGCCUCACGUACCCAUCCCCCGGGGACCGAGGAAGAGGGUCCGCGGGUACCAUGCUUAAACUCGCCGCCUUUCACACCCACUACUGGCCGCUGGUGCGCUUCCUCGUACCCUUGGCCGUCACCAACAUCGCGGUCGACCUCGGCGAACAGAGAGUCAUUGAAAAUCUGGCUGAACGAUGCCUUGUUCAAUGUCAACAAAAGCAAAGAGCUAAUUAAUGACUCCGGGGGAGGAAGCCAUGAGCCAGUGCUGAUUAAGGAUCGGAGGUGGAGAAGGCAUUAAAUAGGGGUAUAGCAGCUGUAAAGGAGGAUGCCAUCGAGAUGCUUGCCAGCUAUGGGCUAGCCUACUCCCUGAUGAAGUUCUUCACUGGACCAAUGAGUGACUUUAAGAACGUGGGCCUGGUAUUUGUUCACAGUAGACGGGAUAGGAUCAAGGCUGUCCUCUGCAUGGUCAUAGCUGGUACUGUGGCCGCCAUCUUUCACAUUCUAAUAGCACACACCGAUCUGGGAUAUUAUAUCAUCAACAAAUUACAUCACGUGGAUGAUUCUGUGGGAAGUAAAACAAGAAAGGCUUUCCUCUACUUGGCUGCCUUCCCAAUGCUGGAUUCAUUGGCAUGGACCCAUGCUGGCAUUCUGUUGAAGCACAAAUACAGUUUACUGGUGGGCUGUGCCUCUGUCUCAGAUGUUAUUGCUCAGAUUGUAUUUGUAUCCAUUUUGCUUCACAGUCAUUUGGAAUGUACAGAGCCCCUCCUGAUUCCAAUUCUGGCCUUGUACAUGGGAGUGAUGGUUCGUUUUACCAUGGUGGGCCUUGGAUACUAUAAGAAUGUGCAUGAUAUCAUUCCUGAAAGAAGUGGACCUGAAAUGGGGGGUGAGGCUACAAUAAAGAAGAUGCUGGCUUUCUGGUGGCCUUUGGCCUUGAUACUAGCUACUCAGCGAAUCAGCAGACCCAUAGUCAAUUUGUUUGUGUCUCGUGAUCUGGGAGGAAGUCGAACAGCCACAGAGGCCGUUGCAGUUCUGACAGCAACUUACCCAGUUGGUCACAUGCCUUAUGGCUGGUUGACUGAGCUUCGAGCAGUUUAUCCUGCUUUUGACAAGAACAAUCCCAGCAAUAAACUUGGAAACAUCAUCAAUAAAUCACACAUCAAGAGAUUUACUUUUACCUGCUUGGCUAUCUCUGUCACACUGUGCUUUGUAGUGUUCUGGACUCCCCAUCUAUCAGAGAAAAUUCUGGUUAAUCUGAUAGGUGUGAAUUUUGCCUUUGCUCAGCUCUGUGUGGUUCCACUACGAAUCUUUUCAUUCUUCCCCUUCCCAGUAACUAUACGAGCACACCUAACUGGCUGGCUGAUGACCUUGAAGAAGACUUUUGUGCUGGCACCCAGUUCUGUCCUAAGGAUAGUCCUUCUCAUUACAAGUCUGAUUGUGCUGCCUUAUAUGGGAGUCCAUGGAGCUUCUUUAGGGGUUGGUUCACUCCUUGCUGGUUUCCUGGGAGAAUCGGCCAUGGUAGCAAUAGCAUCUUGUUAUGUUUAUCGCCAAGAGAAAAAGAAGAGAACACUGGAUACAACAGCAGCUGAAGGGGAGGACUCAGCAAUGAAUUACACAGCUGUCACUGAGGAGAUGUCCGAGGUUGUGGAAUUGGAUGAAGAUGAGUGAACCAGAUUUAUGUACUGUAGCAGUCACUCUGGUACAACAUUAGGCCCUCCAUUUCUUCUCCAUCUUCCAUUUUAUUUUUCCUAGAAGUGUCUAUUGCCAAAGACAACUUCUAAACUGUGCUGAGAAAUUGUUUGCACCAUCAGACAGUUUGAGACAAGAGAAGGAUCUCCUUGUGCAUAGUGCUGUUCCAUUUCUGCUAAUACAUGGAGGAAAACAACUUCAAAAGAAAACAUCCAUCAAGUCUUCCAGCUUUGGCUUGGCUGACAUCCUUCUUCCCAUUGGUAUUAACAACACAUCUGCAACCAAAGCAUCUCUCACCUCUUCUUGGCUUUCCUGCUGUCCUGUUUUCCAUCUACGGUGUAUCUUUGUAUACUGUAGAUGUAAAUGUACAACAGGGUGUAUAUAUAUUUUUUAAAUUUUAUUUAAUUAAGUAUUACUUUUCUUCAAAUGUUUGUUUGCAAUUAGAUUCUCUAGUGGCCUGUGUGCUUUACUGCCAUAAUGUUGCUGCUCAAGGUGGAGUUUAAGGCACCAUAGCCACAAAGUACACAACUUAGUGAAAAGGUUGAAAACAUAUCAAGAUUAUUUUUUUAAUACCAAAAAGUGUUUGAUAACAGUAUUUGAGGAUAAUGGUGUGUGUGUGUGAUGGUGAUGCAAGUAAAAUGCUAAAAAGUAGAGAAAUUAGUACUAAAAACAGACUUGACUUGAAUUUCCUAAUCUAGUAAUGUUUAAAAAGGUACAAGGUCAAUACUUGAAAAAUAUUUUAAAAGUGGGAGUUGUUAAAUUUCACAAAGUACACAAGUUUGGUACUCACACCCAAUAUGUGAACUGAUUCAGAGCAUUGUAUAUCGUAAAGUGGGAAUCAAAUGAUUCAAAUUAAUUUUACAUUUCUUUCUUUGCCGCUUGUUAGAGCAAAGGUUUACAUGUCAAGGAAUGGCUAUUUCUUACAAACAUUCAUAGCAAGUAAAUGUUGCAGGGUCAUGUGUGGUGGCUUCUCUGGAAGUGUGGCACCAGCUCAGAGUUGUCUGUAACUCUACAAACACUACUUCAAUGUUUAAAUGGUGUUUCUUUCCUCUAUUUAUUUUAGGAGCUGUGGGAGGCUGGCUUUAAAUCUGCUCAGCAGUAAACAAGCCUGAUAGGCUGUCAUUUACCACAUAAUCGAUAUUUGUUUGAAGUUCUCAAUAUUAGUUGAGCAGUUGCAAGGCCUGUUGAAGCCACAUCAAGUAAUUGUCUUUGAAAUGAAACUUUCUUUGAGGACGCCAAUGGCAGUCCUUUGGAGCUGAGGUAAAGAAAAAAGUGCACUGUUGGUGCAGAAUAAUUUUGAACUGAGAGUGUUCAAUGAUUUAGCAAUGAUUGGUUGUAAAAAAAAAUCCAAAAUUUCAGCAGAUUAUUGACGAGCAAAGCUUUGUGAAAAAGGGAUAUAUCAAUGAUUCUUUUGUAAACCAAUGCAUUUCUUUGCGUGCAUGUAAUAAACUUUUGAAAGUAGAAGUUGACAUAAUUUGGGUAGAUACAUUUACAUUUUACCCAAAAUAUCUGCUGAGUGAUUCAACUAUUAUUCAAAUGUGUAAAAUACCUUAACAAGAUCAGUGAUUUGGCCAGGGAAAUAUAAGCAAAUUCUGCAACAUCUGGCCAUGAUGUACUAAGAGUUUGAAACACUCAUGGUCACAAUACUCUUCUAUUGAAUCUUAAAGAAAAAAUGACCCCAGGUAAUCAUGUUCUUUGAAAUUAUUUUGACAUGACUCUCAGCAUUAUUGUUGCUAAAUUGUUAGAUGAAGUAUUUUGUGUAAAAAGAAGUUAUGAAUGUUAUGUGUAAAUGAGUGAAAACCUGUUCUCUUUAAUAGCCAAAUUGGUUCUGUAACAUGCUUUAAAUUUCAUUAAGCAGUGAAACAUUUAAUCAGAAUUAAAUUUCCAUUAACUUAAAGUGCCACAUAUGCUCUAUUUAAUAUAACAGUGUAAUUUUAAUAUACCAAAUAUAGAAUGUUUUCUUUCUUUCUAUAUAUAAUGUAUGUAUAUUUUUCCAUGGUAUUAAUUAGAUUUUAAUCCAUUAUUUUGGAGUUAUGAUUUUGUGCGUAUUCUGUUGGCUAUUUAAUUAAAUUUUUUCCUCAUGCUGAUUGUUUUCAUAGUGCUGUAUGAAACACUUUAUUUGUAAAAUGGUAUAUCCAAGAUUUAAAAUUCAGUUCCACAUCCUCCAAAAUCAGAAUAUGCUACAUGAGACAGCAAGAACAAAAUCCCUAAAGGUAAAACCUGGCCAAUUUUACCAAUAACAUAAUUGUUUGAGAAAUAAAUGGCAAGAAGCAACACCUAUAACAAAACACGUUUUUCCAUGUGCAAAUAGAAUGGCACGGUAGUGGAGUGGUUGGCACAAUGCUUUACUCAGGUUCAAUUCCUGACACUGCCUAUAAAGAGUUCGAACGUUCUUCCCAUGACUGCAUGGAUUUCCUCCGUGUGCUUCAGUUUUUUUCUCACAGUCCAAAGACCUACCGGUUGGUUGGUCCUUGUAAAUUGUUCCGUGAUUAGGCUAGGGAUAAAUUUAGGUUGUUGUGCAGCGUGGCUCAAAGUGUCUACUGCACACUGUAUCUCAAUAAAUAAAUGGUUAAAAUGAUU